AUGCGAAGCCUCCUACUUAUGAUAAACAAUAGCAUCGGACAGUUCGCAUUCAUGUAUGCUCAGAGGGAGAAGACGAAUCGGAUAUACUUUGAUGGGUUUCUUAUCAGAAACCAUGCUAUCAUAAUGCGAACUAUUUCGUUUGCCGUUGCAUUCUGGAGCGAGGGAACCCAACAAGCCCAUUUCCUUCGGCAUGAAGGAUACACUUCUGCAAUAGGAGCUUACCUCAAUGGAGCAUCACUUGUGGAUCCGAACGAUGCGGAAUUUGGAGCCGGAUAUGAGGCAGAGCGUUUGUCAUGGCACGAAUAUUACUCUGGCUGCUCAGAACUCGGAAGAUUCGUGCCAACUGCUCCUUUGUCUAUGGGUUUCACGGCUGGUGUGCUUGAGCUUGAGUGUGCAGAGAUUAUUCUCCGACCAUUUCCUCUGUUAGCAGAGAAUCUUCAGGUCUAUAAGCCCGACGUCGCCGACCUGAACUUGGACAGUGAGGCGAGGGAGUUCUGGCUACGCACCUUCGAAAAGAGCGUGGACAGUGUGAUGAAAAAGGCUAUUGAGUCACAGGAGAAAAGUGAGACGGCCGCUCUCCGAGUAAAAGUCUUUCGCGAAAAGUUCCUCAAACAGUUAAUGCUAAUACGAGAGAAACCAUUUGCCUACGGGAAUUCGAAUGUCAGAAAUCUGCUCGAUCUCAGGGAGCAAUUACUCAAUGAGCAGAACUUCGAUGAUUCAUACCUGAACCAGAAGACUUUGGAAAAUGCAGUUGCCAUGAAAGAGCUACCGUCCUUGUUGAAGUCAAUCGAUGAGGUUGACGGCAACGAUGAGCGGCUACAUCGUGUCGCUUUAGGUCUACUUGCUGGCAAUGUGUUCGAUUGGGGUGCUCAGAAGGUGAUAGAAAUGAUGGAAUCAUCAGAGGGUCUUUCAUUUUCUACUGCUGUCUCGUCAAUACCAGAGAGACCAUGGCUGAUCGAUUCCUAUGAUGAAUUUCAAUCUUCACUCAAAGCGAAACAGUACAAUUGUGCUGCAAUCUUUGUUGACAACAGCGGUGCAGACUUCAUUCUGGGCGUAAUUCCAUUUGCACGGGAGUUACUGAGGCGUGGUAUUCGGGUCAUAAUUGUAUCUAAUUUGUCACCAGCGCUCAACGACUUGACAUACCCGGAGAUGAUGGAGAUGGUACCGCUUUUACGCGAGGUGGAUAAUACUCUGAAAGAGGCCAUAGACAGUGGAAGGCUGACUUUUGAACACAGUGGACAAAGCUCCCCUUGUUUGGAUCUGAGGAGAGUGAACUCCGUUUUGAAUCGUCGAGUUAUCGAAGAACAUGUGGAUCUCGUUGUCAUCGAAGGCAUGGGGCGCGCCUUGCAUACAAAUCUUCAUGCACAGUUCGUUUGUGACUCGCUAAAGGCGGCUGUCAUCAAAACCCAAUGGUUGGCCGACCGUAUGGGUGGUGAGAUAUUCUCAGUUGUUUUCAAAUUUGAACGUGGUAGAGAGAACGGUUCUUCAUCAGCAACGACAAAAUCAUUAAAUCUCAGUGCUUAA